AAACUUCGCCGCUUUUCUUUUCUGACUUGCCACUCCACGACGUCUGUUUUUCUUUCGUCAUCUCCAGAGUCGAGGACCGCCUGGAAUAUGGAAACCACGACAGAACCACUUGAUGCACUAACAAGCCAUGACAAUUCCUUGUUUGACUAUGACGCCGGCCUUGAUGCGGCAUGGGAACAGCCUCAAACGACCAUCACUGUAGGGUCUAAUAACGAGGAACCAACGCCUAUUCUAGGGGUGGACGAUAAGGUCCAGGUUAGCAAGCACCGGCGAUUUGUUGCGAAACUAGAUGAGAGCAGAUUGCUUUCGCAAUCCGGGAUACCAAAGCUACGCCGCACGUCCAGGCAGAGGCUGAGACUGAAGGGCAAAGGGCACGAGUUUUCUGACGUCGCCCGGCUUUUGAACCUCUACCAAUUAUGGCUUGACGAUUUAUAUCCUCGGGCCAAAUUCGCUGAUGGUCUGGCCAUGAUCGAAAAACUUGGACACUCUAAGCGCUUGCAGGCGAUGAGAAGGGAGUGGAUUGAUGAAGAGAAGCCGAAAGUGCUGACGGCUGAUAUAAACAAGCAAGUCCUCGAUGAUCUUAGUGCAGACAUGGACCCUGCGACUACGGUAGAGACAUCCGAUACAGCAUUAGGCGGAACCAUUUCUGGCUCUAGACGCGGGGACAUAAUGUUCGACCUAGCACAACCACAUGCGCCAACUUCAGAGUCAAACAAACAGAUACCAGAAAGUUGCGUAGCGGAUGAUACCCCUGAAGAUGACGAGUUGGAUAUCCUUCUACGAGAAUUUGAAGAUGGGAACCAUGGCGUCUAGGUCUCUGUUCUGCCUGCUUAUUGGCACCCGAAAGAAAUUACCGAGGUUCGAGACGGACAGGCGUUAUUCUUAAACAAGGACUUGUGUACAAUACGGAUGACGAUGCUCUUGAGCCCAAAUCCCAAAUG